AUGAGUAGUUAUAAGAAUCCUGUUAUUAAAGGAUUCAAUCCUGAUCCUUCAGUAGUUCUUGUUGAUGGAGUCUAUUAUGCUGUUUGUUCAAGUUUCCAAUUCUUUCCUGGUAUUCCAGUUUAUGCUUCUUAUGAUUUGAUCAAUUGGGCUCAAAUCGGUAAUGUUAUUCAUUCCAAUGAUCAAGGAGUCGAUUUGUCUGUUUGUCAAACACAUGUUGUUAGUGACGAAGAUGUCCAUCAAGGAGGAAUCUUUGCUGCCACUAUUAGAUAUCAUAAAGGAAGAUUCUAUGUCAUUUCAACUAAUACAGUUCCUCAAGAAAAGGGGACUGAUUUCAAACCAUAUAAUUUUAUCUGUCAUACUGAUGAUAUUUGGGGUAAUAAAUGGUCAAAAGUCUCGAGCAUGGAUUAUUUCUAUGCAAUUGAUCCAUCAUUAUUCUGGGAUGAUGAUGAUAAAUGUUACGUUCAAGGUGCUUUCAUUUAUGGUUAUGAUUUACCUAUUGCCAAUUCAAUUCAUCAAUUUGAAAUCAAUCCCGAUACUGGAGAGAAGUUAUCGGAAGAAUAUGAAAUUUGUUCUGGUUGGUCGAAAGUGAUUUCUGAAGGUCCUCAUAUUUAUAAGAAAGAUGAUUAUUAUUAUAUGGUAUUUGCCGAAGGUGGUACUUAUGCUGAUCAUAUGUUAUGUGUUGCAAGAUCCAAAACAAUCAAAGGACCUUUCGAACCUUGGGAACAAAAUCCUUUAGCUUCUAACAGGAAAACUGAUGAAUAUGUUCAAUGGGUGGGACAUGGAGAAUUAUUCCAAGAUGCCAAUGGAGAUUGGUGGGGUAUGUUAUUAGCAUGUAGAGGAGGAGCUACUGAUAGUCAUCCUUUAAGUAGAGAAACUUUCUUAACACCUAUUGAUUGGCCCCAUAAUGGAUGGCCAAAAGCUCAAACUAUUAAAGUGGAUAUGGUUACCGAUAGGAAAUUACCUCCUACCAAUGCAAGUAUUAAGAAAUUGGUUCCUGAAUGGUUUAAGAAAGAUUUAUUUGCAAAGAAUUUUUUCAUUAGAAAUCCGGUCAUGAAGAACUACGAAUAUGACCACCAAAACAAGUUAGUUACUUUACACCCAGAACCUGCUAGUUUAUCAGGAGAAGAUGGUUCAACUACUUUCAUUGGUAAAAGACAACCUGACUUGGACAGUGAAUUUGAAUCAACGAUCUAUUUGUCCAAAUCAACUUUUGCCAAAGAUGUUGAAGCAGGAAUUACUGUCUAUAAAGAUCCUCCAAGAUAUUAUACUAUGGGAAUUGAUUUCAAUAACAAGGAAUUAUUCGUUUUCGCCAAAACUUUGAAAGAACAAAAGAAAGUUUAUCAACAACCAAUUGAUAUCACCGAUUCCGUUACAUUGAAGAUCACAUCCAGUGAAAAGGAAUAUAAAUUCUGGAUCAAACAAUCAGAUACUUAUGAACAUGUCGUAACAUUAAAUACUGCGGAUUUAUCGGCCAUGGAAUUCACAGGUGCUAUCUAUGGUAAUUACACCCAUGGAACUUCGGGAUCAAUUGUUUUCUCUGAUAUCGAAUGA